AUGUCCAACAACAGCAACGACGAAACUCCACUUAUGGACAUCGACCCUCUUCCGCUUGAUAAAGGAAAGGGCAAAGAAGUUUUACAAAGUGAAACAACUAUAGUUGUCACUACAGAACAAA